AUGUUCAGCGAGCUCAGCUUCAACACCCUGGUCCAGUCUUUCCCCAGCAAUCCCGAUAGUGAAGCUACGGCAUACGUCGACUGCAAGCUUUGCAGUCGUAGUGGCAUGCAGUGUACGGCCAAUGUCCUCGGUGGUCGCACUCAGCUAGUGGCAUCGCACAUUCACCUGGCCUCCGACGGAGAUGGUGAGAAUGGUGCAGGCCCUCCGGUGAUCAACUUCUGCGGGGACAACGGUCCUGGAAUGAUUGCUGAUGGUAGCUCGUAUAAAUCUCCUUGCUCACAUUACAAGAACCGUGCUGCCUUGAUGUCCAUGACGGGCAACUUCGUUGAUGGUGCGCAGAAUGCCGGUUUCACGUUGGGCUCCCGGCUGAAAGACAUUGCUGCCAACCCUUCAAAGUAUUACUUCAACUUCCAUUCCAUUGCCAGCUGGACGCACUGGCAGAUCGAGGGCAAGGGUCCAGUGGGAAUGUGCCGCGGCGUUAUGCAGAUGAGUCAGAGGAGGUUGGGCUCUCUGCUGGUGUAG